AUGUCCAUCUCCACCCCAACCAACCAUCACAUCUCCCCGCACAGGAAGUCAGACAGGAACACCAUCACAGCAAACAUCCACUCACCACAUCCCAUCUCCACCCCAACCAACCAUCACAUCUCCCCGCACAGGAAGUCAGACAGGAACACCAUCACAGCAAACAUCCACUCACCACAUCCCAUCUCCACCCCAACCAACCAUCACAUCUCCCCGCACAGGAAGUCAGACAGGAACACCAUCACAGCAAACAACCACUCACCACAUCCCAUCUCCACCCCAACCAACCAUCACAUCUCCCCGCACAGGACAUCAGACAGGAACACCAUCACAGCAAACAUCCACUCACCACAUCCCAUCUCCACCCCAACCAACCAUCACAUCUCCCCGCACAGGACAUCAGACAGGAACACCAUCACAGCAAACAUCCACUCACCACAUCCCAUCUCCACCCCAACCAACCAUCACAUCUCCCCGCACAGGACAUCAGACAGGAACACCAUCACAGCAAACAUCCACUCACCACAUCCCAUCUCCACCCCAACCAACCAUCACAUCUCCCCACACAGGACAUCAGACAGGAACACCAUCACAGCAAACACCCACUCACCAUGUCCAUCUCCACCCCAACCAACCGUCACAUCUCCCUGCGGAGGAAGUCAGACAGGAACACCAUCACAGCAAACACCCACUCACCAUGUCCAUCUCAAGCCCAACCAACCAUCACAUCUCCCCACACAGGACAUCAGACAGGAACACUAUCACAGCAAACACCCACAUCCCAACCAACCCCCACAGUUUACCCAUUUGGGGACAAAAUAUGAAGAUAAGACAUUAUCCCAAUGA